AUGAACCGAGUUCACUUUGAAGUGGUUAACGAGUGCUCAGACGCCCGAUUGAACGAUUGUUCUCCAAACGCAAAGUGCAUCGACAAAGCGGUAGGAUACGCAUGCCGUUGCGUUCCCGGCUUUGCAGAUACAUCUCCGCCAGGUCGACCUGGCAGAAAUUGCACUCAACAAGUGAACGAAUGCGCUGAGAAGCUUCAUGACUGCGAUCCUAACGCCAUUUGCCGCGAUGAACCGAUCGGCUACCGCUGCCACUGCCCAUUUGGAUUCGCUGACGCCUCCAAGGAUCCCUCAAAACCUGGUCGUCUAUGUGUACAACGUAAGUAUUCAACUGAAUUAAAUCAUGCGGUGAUAGAAAUGUGUGUCAAUGAUGGAAAAGGGUUGGGCAGGUGUCCGUCCGUAUCAAGAUAG